AAAGUGAUGUGAAGCAAAAAGCUGAUCGAGAGUGUGAUUCAUAGGCAGUAUUUUCUACAAAGUUGUUUGGGAAAAUAUAUAAAUAAAACCACAAGCAUAAACAUAUUAUAUAAAAUACGAUUUUGUGUGAUAAAUCACAGUAUUUGAGAGCGAGAGAGAAGCCGCAAAUGUGACAUCACUACAAAUUGAUUAGGAUUUAUGAAAAAAAACACGCAGUGAAAAGUUCUUUGACUCGCUAUAAUUUGACUGGCAGCAUAUUGAGUGUAUUGAAAAUUGUGCUAAUAAAUCUUCAUUCUCCCGUUUGGAUGUUGUAAUCCCCCGAUCUCCUAUAUAAAGAGUGGUGCGCCGAUACCAAAAAUAAACCGACAGCUUGUAAAGCCAUCAAGUAGAUCAACUGGAAAAUACCAGAGGAAGACACCCAUAAUUCGGAUUUGAGCGCACGCACAAAAUGUCUUUCUGCAGAAUCACAGGGCGAUCCAAAGGGCUGCCGAAGCCCAAUUAUUUUCCUCUGCUUCCGCCCAUUUCGCCCGUGGACGCGAAGAGAUACUGCAGAAUCACUGGCAAGGCGUAUGGCUUGCCAUCUCACCACUUCAUCCCUGUGCUCUUGAGUGCAGCCACGCAGAAGAUCAACUGCAAGAUCACCAAUGUCGCCGACAAGCUCGGGCCUCACCAUUAUUCCCCAGAUGUGAACUAUGGCAAGAGGAAGCACACUCUCCUGACGGACUACAGAUAUGUUUAUCCCAUCUUUGAUGAGACCAACGAGACGCAGAAGAACCUCCUGGAGCUCCUGAACACGAAAGUCAUCGACGAGGGCAAUUUCGUCUAUCAAGUGGACGAGAGAAGGUUCAGUCUCGUCUUCCCGGCGCGACUGGAAGCAGCUGUGCGCGAUGGAGAUGUUCGCGAUGUGAUGCUGGCCAAGGAUUCCGACACGAUGCUCCUGAAGAUGCGCCAGGGAAAGAAUGUGUCUGUGGAUUUGCAGGAUUUCCCAGAGGAAAACUGGCCGCAUCUACUCAAUGGCGAAGGUCCGCGUCAAGAUGUUCUCCUGGAGCGUGAGCGCGAGGAGAAGCGCAAGAGGAAGCGCCAGAAGAACUUGUCGCAGAUGACGAAGAUCUUCGAGGAGAAAGACAGAUUGAGUGGCGACGGCAAGUCUACGCGCAAGCUGAAGAAGAUAAAGAGUGAAGAGAAAAAUAAUCAUAACGGAUGUAUUUUUACGCUAGAGAGUAAAGCCACCACGGCAUCGCUCAUCUCCUCGCCGGAGUGCGAAGAUCUCGUGAAUCCUCUGCUAGAGUCCUGGAAUUGGGACACUUACGAGCGCGUCGCCGCAUCGGUGGUGAACAAGAAGUCCCCAAUUAAGCUGCCCACGCCAGUGAGAGUCACUCCUGUGGCGAUCGAUGGCAGAGAAGUGGCCGUGGAUGCAGUCUUGAUGGAGAACACCGUGGGAUUUGAGGCGGUGGCGUGUGUCACACCCCCGCCAAUUGCUAUUCCCAACCCAAUGGACAGGGUGAUCGUUGCGUCGCUCAAGGAGCUGACUCAGGAGGAGCUCGAGAUGACGGCGAGCGUUGGUGAGAGGCUGGAGGCAGAGAGUGGCGGUAUUGAAAUGUUGCCAACUGAAGCUGAACUCCCACUUGUGCUUGAAAAUAUCAAGUCUGGCAAAUCUGGCCAAUUGGCCAAUGUCAAGGGGCUCAAGUUGGACAUCAAUGCAGCGAGGCAAGUGUUUCUCGCCGGCCAGAACGUCUCCACGCCCGCUGGAGAGCUCUUCGUGCCCGGUCAGACCGUGACGACCCCGAGAGGUCCAAUCUACGUUCCCGGAUUGACCAUCAAUACUCCCGUGGGCGCUUCUUUCAUCCCCGGAAGCGCGCUGCUGGGCAGCAAUUUCAUGGCCGGGCAAAUUGUCGGGGAGGAAUUCAUCCCAGGGCAGACAAUUCACACGCCAAACGGUCCGUGCUUCAUUGAGGGGCAGACAAUUCUCACUCCGGAUGGUUUCAAGUUCAUCGCCGGCGUGCAUGAUCCCAAAACCGACCAAUUUGUCUGCGGCCAGAGCAUCCAAACUCCCGAUGGUGUUAAAUUCAUCCCCGGACAGACGAUCACCACUGAAGACGGUGAGAAAUUCAUCCCUGGCCAGACUGUUCAGGACGCCAGUGAAGAGAGUGGGUGGAAAUUUGUCCACGGCCAGACUGUCAAUGACCAAUUCAUCCCUGGGAAGGUGAUCAGCACCGAGGAGGGCAGUAAGUUCAUCCCCGGUCUCUCGGUUGACGGGAAGUUCGUCCCUGGCAUCACGUCGGACGAUGAUGAAUUGGCAUUUAUUCCCGGGAUGAAUGUGGAGACAAAGCAAGGCCCACAAUUCAUCGAGGGCACGAUCAUUGGCACAGACAACGGUGAGAUCUUCAUGCCUGGCAAAGUAGUGACAAGCGCCGAAGGACUCUUUGACUUUGCCGUCGCUCAAUCUGUUCACGAUGUCAUCUUCCGAGAACCGACACGCCGUGGAUUUGUCAUAGAUCCGCAGAACUUCGAAGCCGCCAGUCCGAGCGCCUCAGUUUUUGGCCACAUGAUUCAAACCGCCGCCGGGAUUGAGUUCUACCCUGAGAAAGUCAAGGAGCAACACCUUCCGGCCGGGAAGAUCAUUCCCGGGCGGCUCCUUCGUCAGGAUUCCGGCACCAAAUUCAUCCCUGGCAUCAAGUCAGACAACGGCUUCAUCCCAGGACAGUUGAUCUGGACGGAGAAGGGAGAGCAAUUCGUGCCUGGUCAGGUGAUAGAGACCGCUGAGGGAUUGAAAUUUGUGCCUGGCCAGGUGAUUGAGACCAAGAGUGGCAGCAAAUUUGUUCCCGGUCAAGUUAUGGACACCAGCGAAGGGGCGAGAUUCGUGCCUGGCCAGAUUGUGCAGACCAAAGCCGGUCCCACCUUCAUCCCAGGUCAAGUGAUCACCACAGAUCAGGAGGGAGAGCGCUUCGUGCCUGGCCAAGUGGUUGACACUCCUGAUGGACCGCGCUUUGUGCCCGGAAGAGUGCUGGAAACUGACGAUGGAGUGACUUUCAUUCCUGGACAAAUUGUUCAGACGGCAGACGGCCCGAAAUUCAUUGCCCCAGAUCUCACGGACAAUGAAGAGGGCGAGCAGGAGUUCUCAGUGCAGAGCUUCUUGAUAACUCCCGAGGAAUUGAAGCUCGUCACGUCGUCCAGCAUCUUCCCAACGGCGCCAAGCGAGAGAGGUGAGCUCAGCAUUGAUAGCAAGAUCAUGAGGCAGUUGUCGGAGGCUGGGAUGAGCAUUGGGCGGCAGAUUGAAGCUUCUGCGGUGGAUUUGGUGCUCCAGAGCACCAGGGAGAAGCAGAUUGUGCGUCAAUUUGCCGAGAGCAUUGGCCACAGUGAAGAAAUCCUCACCAAGACGUUCAAUAGCUUGCGGGAAAUCGCUCAGAUCGUGACUGGGCAGAAGAGUUUGGCGAAUGUCACGUGCAGACAGGCGAAAUUCGCAGAUGAUGAGACAGUGAAAGCCGCUGAGUGCAUUGUGGGGCUCAUCAAGAAGCUUGUCAAGGAUGAUGAUAAAUCCGUCUUGUUGUUUGAGAUGAUCGCUCAGGCGCUCGAGACUGAGACGAUGCGUAUGCAGAAAAUCGAGAAAAUUGCAUCUGAUCCCGCGUGUCAGCUCAAGAUCAUCUCCAUGAUUCGCGACUCACUCGAGAGUGACAUCAAUGAGUGUGAGAUCUUGCAGGCGAUCACCGAGAGCGGCUCAGUUGAGGAGGGAAAGGUGAUGAAUCAGAUUGGGCAGAUACUGCGAGAUGCGAGCAUGAGUGACGCCUUGAGAGCCGUGGUCAGCACAAAUCCCAAGAUCAUGUACAAGAUAAUCAGUCACUUGAAAGAUUCGAGUCACUCAAUCACGUCCAACGAGGCAGCAGUGGAGGCGUUACAUCGUUCCAUCAUUUCUGCCGUCGAGGACGUCACCAAUGCUGAACUUCAUCGCGCUUACAUGACCAGUGAUCAAUAUUCUCGCCAGAUCGUCGAUGACGUCGUUUUGCUGGCGAAAGCGCUCGAGAUUCCCGCCCAAGAACUCUCCGCGGACUCAAUUCCAUCCCUCCUGGCCACGGAAUGCGGCGCCGAACUCCUGCGCCGUGUGAUCCUGAUGCACAAACUCUCUGAGAACAAUCCUGCGAUCGCCGAUGCCAUUGAAGAUCUCCGGAAGAGUCCUUUCAGCGUUCGCAGGAAUCCUCAAUUCUGCGAACUUGUGCGCCAAAGCGGAUGUCUCACGAUUCCCUAUGAGAAACGGCAACUCCUGGAGAACUCCUCGCAACUCCCCAACGCCAUCCUCUUCACGGACAACCAAUUGGCCCUUGAGGACUUCCUGGUGCGUCGGCGAGGGAAGAAUCGCGGAGCCUUCCUCAUUGUCAAGAACACCUUCCAAGGCGUCGUGCCGCGAGAACUCAGUCGCGACGUUCUCACCGGCAAAUGUUCCUACACGCUCUUGGACGAGGAUGGCAUUUGUCACUUUGAACCCCUGCACGUCUUCACAGCCCUCAAUCUCGUCAACACUCGCCCUCAACACAGAUUCUCGAUGUACCAGAGCGAUGUGGCGUUUCAGGAUUCUGGCCCUGAAGUGGACGAUAUCAUGUCCUCAGCGUCAAAGUGCACAGCUCUGGGAUCGGUUGCCUCCAAGAUGAUGACCUACCGUGAUCAGAUCAACUGUAUUCCUCUGCUGAGAAACUACACACACUAUCCUUAUCACCUGCUACCCUCGCCCUAUUUCCCUCCCGUUUCCCGUCUGAUCGCAUCUGUGAGAUACUAAGAAAUCAAUAUUUUGCUGUAAGAAUGGAUCAGAAUUUGAUAAUCAGAGCGAUAUGCAUUCCUUGCAUUUCUCGUAGCUCCGCCCUCUCGAAUGCCACGCCCAUUUAAUAUGAUUUUGGAGUGAAAUGCGCUAUUCUUACAGCAAAUAAGCACACAAUAUUCCGCAUUGCAAAGGGUUUUUCUAAAUCUAAAACCACUGAAUCCCACACACUCUCUGGCUCUAUGCAAUGACCCAGAACGUUGAAAAUACAUCAUUUGAGUGACUCAGUUAGUGAGAAAAAACAUUUUCGAGGUAAACAUCUGCCAGAAGAGCGUGAUUGUGCCUGAUUUUGGCAUCAAUUAAAAUAUCAAAACAAGCUCAGUCAUGAUUAAUUGGGACUAAUCCUAAUUAUUACUCCCAUUUUAACCCCAUGUCAAUCUAUCAAAUAUGCUCUCUUUUAUACGAAAGAAGAAGGAAACCACACCCAAUUAAUGUGUAUACAUAUCGUGUGUCAUGUAUAAUGAUAAAAGUGUAAUGUUGAAU